UUAACUACAGGGUGGCACCGGUAGGCAGAAGCAAGUAGGUAAGCAAACAAUCACGAAAGUCUGUCUGCCUUGACUUUUUGUUCACGUUCACCCUUCAAGCUCGACUGACUGGCAAACGAGCACGCGACUCGACACAGCAGUCAUGUUCCCUCCUUCGUACAUGCCAUGACCACGCGCCUUACCAACUGACAUUUGGUUGCACGAAAGCGUCCGUAGACGCCAUCCACCGCCAUGGGUGUGAACGGCCUCUGGACCGUCAUCCAGCCCUGCGCGCGCCCGACCAACCUGGCCACCCUGAACCGCAAGCGCCUCGCCGUCGAUGCCUCGAUCUGGAUAUACCAGUUCCUCAAGGCCGUGCGCGACAAGGAGGGAAACGCCCUGCGCAACUCCCACGUCGUCGGCUUCUUCCGUCGCAUAUGCAAGCUGCUCUGGUUCGGCAUCCGACCCGUCUUUGUCUUCGACGGCGGCGCCCCUGCGCUCAAGCGCCAGACCAUCAACACCCGGAAGAAGAGACGGGAGGGCCGGAGAGAAGAUGCCGUGCGCACGGCGGGAAAGCUGCUCGCUGUGCAGAUGCAGCGCAUCGCCGAGGAAGAGGACGACAGGCGAAGACGACAGAGGGAAUUGGAGAAGGAUGGAGUCGCAAGGCCUGACGUCGACGAGCCGCCCGAGGAGAUCCCCGAUGCUGAUAAGCUCGUCUAUGUCGAGGAGAUUGGCAUGAGCCAACAGGAGCGGCAGAAGAGUAGAAAGUUCUUCAGGCAGGAUGCCUACCAUCUGCCAGACAUGCACACAAGCAUCGAGGGAAUGGGAAAGCCCGACGAUCCUCGAAUCAUGAGUGUCCAAGAGCUCGAGGAAUAUGCUCGGCAAUUCAACAGCGGCGAAGACAUCAACCUAUAUGACUUCAGCAAGAUUGACUUUGACGGCGAGUUCUUCAAAAGCCUGCCGGCUGCAGAUCGGUAUAAUAUCCUCAACGCCGCGAGAGUUCGUAGUCGCCUGAGAAUGGGUCUGAGCAAGGAGCAGUUGGAGGACAUGUUUCCCAACCGCAUGGAUUUCUCAAGAUUUCAAAUUGAGAGAGUUCAGGAGAGAAACCGGCUAACGCAACGACUCAUGAAAGAAGCUGGCAUGACAGGCCUCGACCUCACUAUCAAUGGCGGGGCUCGUAUUGCUGGAGAGAAAGACCGCGAGUAUAUUCUUGUCAAGAACGACGGUGUCGAGGGUGGCUGGGCGCUUGGUGUCGUCAGCAAGGAAAAGGACGUGGGACAAAUGCAUAAACCGAUCGACGUCGAUGCACUAGAGUUUCAAUACCAGACAAAGCAAGAAGACGACUGGGAAGAUGAGGAUGAUUUCGAGGAUGUACCUAUUGAGGGUGUGAAUCGUUUACCAAAGAUACCAACUCAUAUUCGUGAGGCUGCUGAGAGGCGGCAACAAGUAUAUGAAUCAAGCCGAGAGGGCGAUGACAAUCUUUCUGCUAUGGAGGAUGGUGACGAGGACUCGUUGUUCGUUCAAGACCCCUCGACUCAAAUUGACAGUCUGUUUGAAGCUGGAGAACAAGAUAAAAUAGUUGAUGACGAGGAGGAGGAUCUCAACCGGGCCAUCGCCAUGUCAUUGAAGAACCAACAUCAUGCCGAGUCUCCAGCUGAAGAAGAGGAUAUGGAGUUUGAAGAUGUACCUGCACCAGCUUGGAAGCAAAAAGCUGCCGAGCAACCGAAGCCGGUCACGUCAGCAAGCGGCAGUAUAAUUGCGCAUAUUGUCAACAACCGUGCAAACGCAGCUGUUCGGAAACGGGGGCGAAGUGAUGCGGGAGAAAGUGAAGAUGAGGCUGAUCUUGGGGCAGCUCUGUCAAAAGCAAAGAGAAAGAAACCCAUGGCACCCCCUACGAAGCCUACGUUCACACCCUCUGUUCAGAAUAUGCCAAAUCCUUUUGGCGGCCCGUUACCAUUUGAGAAGCUGGAUUGGAAAUCCAGCAUCUUUGCAAAGAAGGUAGAGAAGCAAGGACCAUCUCCGGCUGGGAAGUUCAAUGAAACGCGGUCUGAUGAUGAACUCGCUGGAGGCUUCGUGCCAGAAGAUGAUCUCGCUGGCGGGUUCGAGAGGGACGAAGACCAGGAUGAUCAGGAUACGGAGGCACCGCGUCCGCUUCCCCCGUGGAUGGAACAAAAAGAAUCAGAUAUCCGAGAGUCCAUGCGGGUGCAACGGCAACGAGAAAAGGAAAUCAAUGAAGAAGACCGAGAAGCAGCCAUGGCAGAGGAAAAGCGACGGCAAAGGGAAGCAAUCAUCGAGAUUGAGUCUGAUCAAGAUGACAGCGAUGUAGAGUUCAUUGACGCACCACCACCACCACAACUGCAAGCAAAAGCUCGGCUGUCCCCGGCCGCGUUGACUGGAGUCAGUUCCUCAACGGCAGAUCCUCAAGCAUUGCAGGAUGGCGAAAUGCCUGCCAAUGCAUUCGGUGGCGAAGCAUCGGUCGAUCAUAGAACCGAAGAUGAGGCACUGUCCGAUGAAGAGAAACCUCCCUCACGCCAGCCAUCUUCGUCUCCUGACCCUGAUUUCGAAGAAGUUGAUGUUUUAGGUUCGAUGGAGCAGGACGAUGAUGCACAAGCUGGAACCCCCGAGCCAACAUCGGAAGAAAUAGAAAUUUCGGAUAUGCCAGUAGAGAAUACCACCUUGAACCAAGCCGUUUCUCCGGAGCCGACGUUUGAAGAUAUCCCCUCAGCUCCUGAGACCCCUCACGCUUCUGCCAAAGUCAUCCUGGACGAAAAUGGAGACCUUGUCAUUAAUGAUAAUGUGGUCGAGUUCGAAGGAGAAGGAGGAGGAGAAGAAGAAGAUUACAGUGAUCCCGAAGAUGAGGAGCUUCUCGCACAGAUGGCAGAAGAGGCCGAGGAGCAUGCUCGGUUUGCCAGCGAGUUAAAUCACAAAUCAACGAAGGAGAAUAUCGAAGUCUAUGAGCAAGAGCUGAAGGCGUUGCGAACACAGCAAAAAAAGGAUCGGAGAGAUGCAGAUGAGGUCACGCAGAUUAUGAUCACCGAGUGUCAGGCUCUAUUACGCUUUUUUGGUAUCCCAUAUGUUACAGCGCCAAUGGAAGCCGAGGCGCAAUGCGCAGAACUUGUGCGGCUUGGUCUGGUUGAUGGUAUAGUAACUGACGACUCCGAUACAUUUCUUUUCGGUGGAACACGUGUCUAUAAGAACAUGUUCAACAGUAACAAAUUUGUCGAAUGUUACUUAGAUAAUGAUCUGGAAAAAGAACUUUCACUGUCUCGCGAGCAACUUAUCGCCCUUGCCCAUUUGCUUGGGUCUGAUUACACCGAGGGUCUGCCAGGUAUUGGUCCGGUCACUGCAGUCGAAAUCUUGUCCGAGUUUCCAGGCAGAGAAGGGCUCAACGCUUUCCACGACUGGUGGAAGGAUGUGCAAGUCUACAACCGUCCCAAGGAAGCCGAUGCAGAUUCCCCCUUUCGAAAGAAGUUCCGCAAGUCUCAGGCCACUAAGCUCUUUUUGCCCCUUGGUUUUCCGAAUCCCGCUGUGUUUGACGCUUAUCUCAAGCCUGAAGUUGACAGCGACCCCGAACAGUUCCAGUGGGGCGUGCCUGAUGUCGACGGGUUGCGCCGCUUCCUCAUGUCUACCAUUGGCUGGAGUCAGGAGCGCACUGACGAGGUGCUGGUUCCCGUGAUUCGUGACAUAAACCGGCGUGAGGCGGAAGGCACCCAGAGCAACAUUACCAGGUAUUUCGAGGGCAGCGUUGGCGUUGGAGCUAAAGAGGCGUUCGCACCGAGGCAAAGAGUGCAGACAAGUAAACGUAUGGUAAAUGCCGUGAACAGGUUGCGUGCCAACGCAACUGUUGAAGGUCUGAGCGAGGAGGCCCCGGUGCAAGUUGGCCAAGGCACCCCCGCCGGAGGAAGAAAACGAAAGCCGCGGAAUGCAACCGUAGCCCAGGAUGGGGACGAGGGAGCAGAGGCCGGCGAAGAUGACGAAGACUACGACGAUGGCACUCAAAAGAGCAAUGCUAGACAAAAGAGGAAAGGCACAGGUCGAAAGGCAAAGGCUUCUUCAUGAACAUGAAUAUCUAUCGUGCGAGGUGCACGACGAGCUAUUAAUAAUUCAAACAGUGAAUUCUAUUGAGAGU